CUGGUCUGUGCAGUUCUGGAGCAGUUUUAUAAACUCUUCUCAUCAUCAUUAAACGGCUACUUGACAUUAAUAUGAAGAAAACUUUUACUAUAAAUGUGUUGUUUGUUUUGUUUUAUCGUCUAUUUCAUUUGUGGGGUGUGUUUGGUGUUGUUCCAGAUGGAGUGAAGUCAGUGUCAGUGAUGGAGGGAGAUUCUGUCACUUUACACAGUGAUGUUACUGACAUACAGAGCUAUUAUCUGACAUUGUGGAGGUUUGGAGACGAAGGCUUUACCAUAGCUCGAAUCAACAGAGAUAAGAUCAUAUAUAGUGAUAUUCCAGCAUUCAGACACAGAAUGGUGUUGGAUGAUCAGACUGGAUCUCUCACCAUCACAAACAGCAGAAUCAAACACUCUGGACUUUAUAAGAUGGAGAUCAGCAACAGCACCGGGACGUCAGUGAAGAAAUUCCGUCUUGAAGUCUAUAAUUCGCCACUUUUGAUCGAAGCUGAAAAAGGUGAAUUAAAGACGGUGUCGGUAACAGAGGGAGAUUCUGCCUAUCUGAUGAUGGAAGAUGUUGACACACAGAGAUAUGAUCUGAUAGUGUGGAGGUUUGGAGAUGACGGCAUUCUUAUACUGAAGGGUGACAGAGAAGACAAUAAGACCACAUUUACUCAUGAUGAGAUAUAUGAAGACAGACUGGAGCUGAACUAUCAGACCGGAUCUCUCACCAUCACAGACGCCAGAAUCACAGACACUGGACUUUAUAAAGUAAAGAUCAGCGGUGACAGAAGAGCCGAAUACUUGAGAUUCAUUCUGACUGUCAGUGCAUCAGGUAUAUCUUCAGGUGGUGUAGCAGGUAUAGUUAUUGUUGUUCUGCUGGCCAUGUCUGGAGCUGUCGGUGUGUUUGUGUUUUUCAUUCGCCGCAGAACCUCUGAAAUAAAAAAACAAAAUGAUGUAUUUGUUGAUAAGUCAGUGUCAGUGAAGACGGGAGAUUCUGUCAUUCUACACACUGGUGUUAAAGAUAUACAGAAAGAUGAUGAGAUAACGUGGAUGUUUGAAGACACAUCAAUAGCUAAAAUGAAGGGAGAUCAAACUAUUGAAAAUAUCGAUGAGAGAUUCAAAGGCAAACUGAAGCUGAACCCUCAGACUGGAUCUCUCAUCAUCAAAGACACCAAAACUGAACACACUGGACUAUACAAAGUAAAGAUGACACUUCGAGAUCUGACAUCAGCCCAGAUAUUCAGUGUUUCUGAGAGUGAUAAACUGUCUGUGAAUGAAGGAGAUCCUUUCACUUUAAACUCUGGUCAGACUGAACUAGGAGACAAUGUCUUGACAUGGAGGUUUAAAGACAAACAUAUAGUUACAGUCAGUAAACAUCAGACAUCUGUUUGUGAUGAAGAGAGAUUCAAAGACAGAGUUCAUGUGGAUCCUCAAACUGGAUCUCUGACCGUCAGAAACAGCAGAACUAAAGACUCUGGACUUUAUCAACUACAGAUCAGCACAGAGACAUCAGAAAGAAAAUUCACUGUUACUGUCCGUGAGAAAAUUAGGAAGGUGUCAGUAAUGGAGGGAGAAUCUUUCACUCUCAACACCGUGGAUGCUUUCAUGCAGAGGCCUGAUAUGAUCAAAUGGAUGUUUGGACACAAGUCUAUAGCUGAACUCAUUGGAAAAAAACCUGAUGUUGUUCUUGAUAAAGAUGAAAGAUUCACAGACAGACUGAAGCUGGACCAUCAGACUGGAUCUCUCACCGUCACAAACACCAGAACCACAGACUCUGGACUUUACACACUGAAGAUCGACUCUGAGGAUUCAGAAUGGAAAUUCAGUGUCACUGUCAGAGGCCGGCCUCCUUGGGAAAAGCGUCCAGAGCAGAAAGAAGAAUCCACAGAAAAUACACCAGAAGAGUCAAAGCUGCUAGACUCACCCAUCAGAGAGGAGGAGCAGACAGAAUCCACAGAAAAUACACCAGAAGAGUCAAAGCUGCUAACAAGUCAAGACUUAUCCAUCAGAGAGGAGCAGACAGAAUCCACAGAAAAUACACCAGAAGAGUCAAAGCUGCAAGACUCACCCAUCAGAGCAGAGGUGAAGACAGUUGUGAUUCAUACAUGGAAAGCUAAGUGGGUGUCACUGACAGAGGGAGGAUUGUUUCUUAUCAGCACUAGGGAUGUUUUCACAAAGAGGCCUGAUAUGAACAUGAAGUGGAUGUUUAACAACAUUUGUAUUGCUGAACUCACUGGAAAUACACCUGCAGCUGCUGCUGAUGUUGAUAAAGAUGACAGAUUCACAGACAGACUGGAGCUGGACCCUAAGAAUGGAUCUCUCACCGUCACAAACAGCAGAACCACAGAUUCUGGACGCUACACACUGAAGAUCGGCUCUGAGGAUUCAGAAUGGGAAUAUAUUGUCAAUGUCAAAGUGCUUACAAAUACCGAAGGGAAUGAUUUAGAGGUGGCACACACAUCUUUGAAUGAAUCACGUGCUUUGUUGCGGAAGAAAAGGAGGAGAUGAGUCUGCAAGAACAUCCUGUAUAUAAACACCAAUGAUCUUUUUUAUUGAAUGAAAAUAAUUUUGAAAAUAUCCAAUAAGCAAUCAACAAUUUGUGUUUUAAAUUCAUUUUAUAUUGAAUGUGAUCUCGAGUUAAAGUGACUCUGUGUUCAUAUGGACUUUGAUUAUAAAGUUUGGUCCACAUUACAGCUUCAUCGAAGAACUUGUGUUAAUGAAAUUAUGAUCUUAAGUAUUUUUAGAGAACAAACAGAACAUAUAAGUGUUUGUAACAUUGUUGUGUA